UAACGUUAACCAAAAUUUGCCAAAAUUGUUGAUAGAAAAAGCAGAUUAUACAUGAUAAAUCGAACCAAAAUAGUCGCAUAGCAGAGUAAAACAUCAGAUCUCACCGGAGUAAACAGAGCUUACAAGCAAGUCGAUCGUCGCGAGGGUGAAGAUCGGGGAGAGGGCCAGGGAGAGCAAAGAAGGGCAAGGGAGGAAAUUUUUCCUAAAGCGGGUCGGGGACGCAGUAAGCUGGGUAGGGGCCCGGCGUAAACCUAUUAACAAAUAGCAAUGCGCCUAUCGGAGCUGAACCAAACUGCCGAGCGAACGGGGAUUCCUUCAAAAAGCGAGUUGUUUAGUUAAGAUAGAACCAUUCGAGUUAUAUAAAAUAUUUGAAGUUGAUGAUGCAAAAGAAUUCUUCAUCCAACCGUUUGCUGCAAAUUUGUAGCCGUUACAAGCUCAAUUUGAAUCAUCUACAGCUCGUUCAAAUUGAACUCACUGUCUACUAAUUAGCCUCAUUUCCGUUUACUAAAGAUGGGCAAGAAGGGGAAAGAGAGGGCUAAGGAGAGGCGAGAAAAACGAUUGCAGGAAAUAUCUGAGCUCCGAAAAAAACCAAUCUUAACCGGCAACAGAUGGUGGUCUUCUGAGACGGUGGCUGUCGUGACAGGAGCCAAUAGGGGGAUUGGCUUUGAGAUUGCUCGCCAGUUAGCAGCCUACGGUCUCCAUGUAAUUAUGGCCUCAAGGGAUGCAGAGCGUGGGCGCCAAGUAGCAGAGAUGCUGCAGAAUGAAGGCCUCAGUGUCAACUCUCACCAGCUCGACAUCUCAAAUCAAGCAUCUGUUGAAUCCUUUUCGAAGUGGGUUGUUCUCAAUUAUGGUGCAAUUGACAUCCUGGUAAAUAAUGCUGGUGUCAAUUUUAAUUUAGGAUCAGAAAAUUCAGUUGAAUUUGCAGAGAAGGUUAUUGAAACAAAUUAUGUUGGCACAAAGAGGGUCAUUAAAGCUAUGAUCCCAGUGAUGAGACCUUCUGAGAAUGGCGCUCGGAUAUUGAAUGUUAGCUCAAGACUCGGUAGAGUGAAUGGAAGGCGAAAUAGAUUGGGCGAUGCAAACCUGAGAGAGAAACUCCUGACUGAUGAAUCUCUCUCUGAGGAACUUAUUGAUGGCAUGGUUGCUGAGUUCCUCAAACAAGUGAAAGAUGCAACUUGGAUGCCUAAUGGGUGGCCUCAAAUGUUCACCGACUACUCAGUUUCAAAACUUGCUGUAAAUGCUUACACUAGAUUAAUGGCAAAGCUUCUUUCCAGCAGGCCCGAAGGUCAUAGAAUUUACAUCAAUUGCUACUGCCCUGGUUGGGUGAAGACUGCCAUGACUGGUUGGCAAGGAAACAUGUCAGCUGAGGAAGGUGCAGAUACUGGUGUAUGGAUUGUUCUGCUGCCAAACCAGUUACCCACAGGUAAUUUUUUUGCAGAGAGAAGAGAGAUAAGCUUCUAGGAAUCAGUCUAUCGAUCCAAAUAAGACUCCUGUAAAGGUUAUAUACAAGAUGCAAAAUUCAAAAAAUAAUUACCCAGGACCUUGGUAUAAUUUUUUAUUAUUCCAUGUUUUUUUGUCUUGUGAAUUUGUGUGAGCCCCGAAAUACUCUACAUUACACUGGCAUGUGUUAUUAGUUAAGAGAAUGUUGUAGAAACAACAUUUUGGAUGCAUCUGUAAUGUAGUACUUUGAUUGUUUCCGAGCAUUUUAAUACAGUGGCCAAAAUUUGUUUGGAGCGAUUAAAGGAUGAAUUCAGAGGACAUUGAUGAGAAUCGAAGAACUUGAAUUUUGAAAAGUGGUGAGACGUUGAAGAGGUAGAGGUGUAGAUUUUUAUUCAGAAUGGAAUUGCGCAGCUCAAGAAUU